GGAAAAUGGAGCCUAAAAUUGCACCUAAAUUAGAUCUAAAAUCUCUGUCCCAGGUCCAAGUCUGGGAAGACAUUAAUACCGGCAGAAAAUAUAAGUAUAAAGUUGGUCUAAAUAAAAUGGUAAAAACUCAGAUUAAUGGCUACGGAGAUGCUAUUACAACAAGAAAAUUUCCUGAUAUCACUGGCAAACUUAACUAAGGCCAAAUGUGCAUCUAAGAUAGCAAAAAUGCCCCCAGAACUAAGCCUUGACCCUGAACUUAGCUCCCAGCACAAACACAGACUUGCGUUAUCAAAGAGCACAAAAUUUCCUUCGAAGUCCUGAACUAUUUUGCCUGAUCUUAAGCCAAGUAAAAAUCAUACUUGCAAGAAAGGAAUGACACAGAAGUUUCAAUGAGCAAGCCAAGCCUCGUCUAUAGCAACCUGGGAUAUCACUGCAUGCAGAGAGAUGAAAAGCGGAGGCAAGUCAGGAGGGUUGUUUGAUAAGAGUAAUUUAGAACUUGUAAUUUCUUAAUAUUGGGUAGGUGGGAAAAGUCCGAAGAGAGCGGAUAUGAUGCUGAUAAAAGCUAAAAGAAAGCCAAAGACAAUACAGGAUACGUAUAAUAUGGAUACUAAGACUAAUUGGAAUCAAGUUCAAGAAUUGCCAAAAAUAAGAGACUCUAUUGAAAAUAAUGUUUCAUCAUUUAUAUCAAGAAUACAAAGCAACACUUUAAACAAAGCUUGCAAUGACUCAGUAGUAGAAUCUGAGAGCAGUGGUGAUGAAAAGCAUGUAAAGGUUCAUGGAAAUUAUGAAGAAUCUCCAGUGAAAUCAACCAUGAUGAUUCUCGCCUCACUUAGGCAUGACACUCCAUCCAAAAUAACUCCUCUCAAAGCUCCUUGCCCAAGUUCAAGAUCCCUUCUUCUUAAAGAAGAGCCUUUUAAAUAAAAUCAGACUCAAGCACCCAUCUGAUUUCUUCAAAGAAGAGCAUAAAAACCAGAUCAAAGUCAAUCCUGGCUACGCCCAGCAGACACAAAUGUUCUCAGAGAAAGACAAUCAAAGACUCCUAGAAGCAAAGAAAGGAAGAAUUCUUAGUCAAAAAGUACUCCUUAAGAGCAUGAAACUGAAGGAAAAGAAGAUGCUCAAGAGUAUCAAAAAUAAGUACAUUGAUCUUUAGAUUACACUAAGAUGUUUUCAAUA